AUGAGACUGGCCGCCUACACCGGGGCCUCAGUGGCCCUAGCCACCGGUGUGUUCUUGAAGGCUCUUCACCAAAGAGCAAACUUCUACGCAGCAUGCGUAUAUCUCUCGCAGAGCAAUGCGAAUCUGAUGAUCUUAACGAAUUUAUGUCUUCUCGUGACCGGUUUUGUUCUCUUCUGGUUACAGCGACUUCUAUACGGGCCUUUGCGACCCAUCGAAACCGAACAAUUAUAUGAGCGGGCGUGGUUCGCCGUUACCGAGACAUGCUUGGCCAUGACCAUCUUCCGGGGUGAGAUUGGCGGUUGGUUUCUGGUUAUGUUCAUCUCGCUCCUGGUUGGAAAGGUCUGGGGAUGGAUUGGAGAAGGCCGGGUCGAAUAUCUCGAGCAACAGCCCCCGGCAAACCCUCGAUUAUUUCAUACACGCCUCGCCACCUCGUUGGUGUUGUCGGUUCUCUUCAAUGCCUUCAUGUUGCAGUACUGCAUCAACACGGUUAUACACCAAGCGCGCCCAGAUAUGAUGGUGAUGUUCGGAUUUGAGUUCGCAAUCUUGACCAUCCUAUCAAGUUCCACCACCGCUCGCUAUGGAAUCGCAUUGGUGGAAAUCUAUGUGACCCGCCAACAGUUGAAGGCGAGGAUGGACGAACGCCGAGCAGAGAUCCGAGAAGCAAGAUUGGAAGCAAUCCGAGAGCACGCGCGCGCUGGAGAAAGCUCCCCGCCCGCAGACCUUCCCAAUGAGAACGAUAUCAAUGAGCUUGAGAUUGAUGUACCCGGAUGGGAGGAAAAGGGCAGAUGGGUCUUCUACCUAGAUCUUUUGACCGACUUUGUGAAGCUCGUAGUCUAUUUGGUAUUCUUUGCUAUCCUCCUUACCUUCUAUGGCUUGCCUAUUCACAUUUUGCGCGACGUUGUUGUUACUAUCCGCUCCUUUGCCCGGCGGAUCAUGGACUUCCUCCGUUACCGCAAUGCGACCAGGGACAUGAACGAGAGGUACCCGGAUGCGAGCCCGGAGGAGGUCGCCAGGGAAGAAGUCUGCAUUAUUUGCCGCGAGGAGAUGAUUUCUGUUCAGCCGGCCGCCGCUGCAGAUGAUGCUGCUGGAGAAGGUGCUCCGCCACCAGCUGCAGACACACAGCGUGUUCCAGACCGUCUCCGCCCCAAGAAACUCCCUUGUGGUCACAUCUUGCACUUUUCGUUGGUUGGUGCUGCGGCCGCGGCCGCUCGAGGAGCCGCCGGUGCUAAUGCUAACAACGCCGGCAAUGGCGCUGGCGGGUUUCCUCCAAACCAAGUACCGGGCCAGCCGGGUGCACAAGGGGAUGGAGCACCCAGAGCUCGCGUCUACCAGUUCGGUCCUUUUCGGGUCGGUUUCGGUGCUGUACGUGGCGGAGAUCUGUUCAAUAAUCUUCAUCAGCAAAUCCACCAAGGAAAUGCGCCAUUGCAACCCGGGGCAAAUGCCAAUCCACAAGGAGCACGUCAAAUUGGAUUUGGAUUUGGAUUUGGUCGUCGUCCGCCCGUGCCUACACCCCAUGGUCAACACCAUCCUGCCCCAGCGUCCAACAUCACCGACGUCCACACUCAGCUGCAACAUAUCGAGCAGCAGAUAACCCAAGAGAUUAUGUCCCUGCGUGCCGCCACUGAGCAGUUCCACCAUGUGCGCAACCUUCAACUAGAAUUAGAUCGACUGCGUCAAGAACAGGCCAAUAUCACUGUUCCAACAACGUUUCCCGCAGCCACCGCACCGCAACCUGGACCGUCAGGAACCUCAGCACGUCAAUUUUUGGCUGGGCCUGGCUCCUCUGUCCUGUCAGCUGGGGAUAGCCGGUUGCCGGAAGGACUUAACCUUCCGCCAGGUUGGACACUUGUCCCUCUGCAGCCCAACGAGCAAACUGGUCAGAACGCACCGCAAAACGUUAUCCCCACACCAACAACAAGCCUAUUCCCGAGCGGACAGUCACCUACCCGAGUGCACCAGCCUCCCGCGAAUAGCAGCAACGAGCCCGCCGGAAGCACCGCGCCGAUUCCAACCCCCGAAACAUCCACUGCAGAGACACAGUCAACAGCACCUCCUACAUUGCCCAACUGGGGAAUGCCAAAUGGAUCAUCGGCGGCGGCGGACCACCGGGCAGACUCACCGUCCCAAGAAUGGACCGAUGUACAGUCGGAGCAAAUACCAGAGACAGGCCCAUCUACUAUUCCAACAAGCUGGGGCAGCGGUGCCCAACCCACAAAGGAAGCAGCGGAGGAAGAAAGCAGCACAUACUCCGAGUCUGCAUCAAAGGGCAAGGCUCGCGCAGCCACCGUGGAAGAGGCAGACGAAAACGUCCGCUAA